AUGGAAGGACAGACCAGAGGGAGCAGAGGCCUUCAGGAGAAGCCUCUCUCUGCCACCCCCAAUCCUACUCUGUCCUCACUGGGCGCCGUGUUCAUCCUCCUGAAGUCCGCCCUGGGUGCCGGCCUGCUCAACUUCCCCUGGGCCUUCCAUAAGGCAGGAGGCCUGGUGCCCACCUUCCUGGUGGCACUGGUCUCUUUGCUCUUCCUGAUCAGCGGCCUGGUCAUCCUGGGCUACGCAGCCUCCAUCAGUGGCCAGAUCACCUACCAGGGUGUGGUCCGUGAGCUGUGUGGGGCGGCCAUGGGGAAGCUGUGUGAAGCCUGCUUCCUGACCAACAUGAUCAUGAUCUCUGUGGCCUUCCUCAGGGUGAUCGGAGACCAGCUGGAGAAGUUGUGUGACUCUCUCCUGCCCGAUGUCCCACAACCCUGGUAUGCAGCCCAGGACGUCACUCUGCCCCUGAUCUCCGUGCUGGUCAUCUUUCCCCUGUCAGCACUUCGGGAAAUCGCCUUCCAGAAGUAUACCAGCAUCCUAGGUACCCUGGCUGCUUGCUAUCUGGCGCUGGUCAUCACAGUACAGUACUACCUGUGGCCGCAGGGCCUCGUGCGCCAGCCCCGUCCUUUGCUGAGCCCGUCCCCCUGGACCUCUGUAUUCAGCGUCUUCCCUAGCAUCUGCUUCGGAUUCCAGUGUCACGAGGCCGCGGUCUCCAUCUACUGCAGCAUGCGGAACCAGAGCCUCUCCCACUGGGCCCUGGUUUCGGGGUUGUCCCUGUUGGCCUGCUGCCUUGUCUACUCGCUGACAGGUGUUUUUGGCUUCCUGACCUUUGGGACUGAAGUCUCUGCUGAUAUCUUGAUGUCCUACCCAGGCAAUGACACGGCCAUAAUUGUAGCACGGAUUCUCUUUGCUGUCUCCAUUGUGACUGUCUACCCCAUUGUGCUGUUCCUGGGGAGGUCUGUGAUGCAGGACUUUUGGAAAAGGAGCUACUGGGCCACAUGGGGUCCUCCAGUGCUGGCUGACCCCUCAGGGCCAUGGGUCCGGCUGCCACUGACCUUCCUGUGGGUGUCAGUGACCCUUGCCAUGGCCUUGUUCCUGCCGGACCUCAGCGAGAUCAUCAGCAUUAUCGGUGGCAUCAGCUCCUUCUUCAUCUUCAUUUUCCCCGGUUUGUGCCUCAUCUGUGCUGUGGAUAUGGAGCCCAUGGGACCAAGAGUCAAGCGCUGCCUGGAGGCCUGGGGCACCCUCUCCGUGCUGGUGGGCACUUUCAUCUUUGGCCAGAGCACAGCCGAGGCCAUGGUAGAACUGCUCUGAGAGACGUCUGGGCUCUUGCCUGAAGACCCCUGUGGGCUCUUGAAUCAAAAAGGUGCUGGGGAAAUGGACGGUCCUACCUGCUGGCUGCCUACCGAGCUCUGCUUCCCCUGUGACUCCCGGGGCCCUAGCGAGGAAGGACCACUGUGACACACUGGUUGGUGACUCAGGACAAUAGGUACUCAUGCUACUGAAAACCGGAGUGUCAGCUGGAGUGGGGUGGGCCGUGCUCCCUCAGAAGGCUCUGGAAUGCUCCUCCUACUGUCCUCCUUUGGUGGUUCUUAGUGUUUCUGGCUUGGAGAUGUGUCCUUCAAGUCUCUGCUAUAUAUUCAUGGUGACAUGGUCAGUCCCUGCCCUGUGUGUCUCUGUCCAAGCUCCCAUUUCCCAAGCCGGGUGCCAACUACUCAACUACCCAUCUCAAGUUUACAAGCACUUGUCUACACUGGCUGUGUCUCCUCUUAGUUACUAAAGGUGUGUGUCUUAGUUACUGUUCCAUUGCUGAGAAGAGACACACAAUCAAGGUAAGUUACAGAAGAGUUCAUGGGGGCUUACAUUUUCAGAGAGUUAGAAUCCAUGACCAUUGUAGCAGGCAGGCAUGGUGCUGGAGCAGCAGCUGAGAGCUGACUUACAUCCUUACCCACAACCACAGGGCAGAGAGAGCACACUAGGAGUGGUACGGGCUUUUGAAACCUCAAAGUCCACCCUCAGAAACACAGCUCCUCCAACAAGGCCACACCUCCUAAUCCUUUCCAAAUAGUUCCACCAACUUGAGACCAAGGAUUCAAACAUAUGAGCCUGUGGGGGUCAUUUUCAUUCAAACCACCACAUCCCACUCCCUGGCCCCACAGGCUAGCAGCCAUAUCAUAAUGCAAAAUGCAUUUGACUGGAUGUACCCGUUAUUGGUGUUUGGCUGAAGGUUAUUUGAGGAUAUAAUGAAAUCGUGACACAGGCAUGGGAAGAUGUGGUGUUGACAUUUCUCAAGAAGUAGAUUUCGAAUGCCAACAGAUGUGACAAGGAGCACAGGAACGCCUGUGACCUUCCUGAAUUUCUAGAGGAUGGUAGAUGGCGUUCCCAUACCGCAGACAGUUUUCCCAAGACAAAUAGCCCUGUUGUGCUUUAUGUAACCUUGAACGUGCUAGGCUGUAAGGCAGGUUUCUCUGCCCCUGUAAACGCAUUCUGUUAUCAAAGGAGCUGUAAUAAUAAAAGUGAGCCUCGCCGUGCAAGUUCCGCUCAGCGUUUGGUUGCCUUGAGUCCCCAGGCUCCCACUUCAGUUCUUUCAGGCAAACCUCUCCCACCACAGUUUUUUCAGUCUCAACCUUUUCAAAGCCCAAAGUUUCUUUUGAGACUCACAUCAGUCUCUGUUACAACCCUCUGCAUACGUCCAGCAUACAAUGGCACAGAACAUGCAUUACCAUUCCAAAAGGGAGGCGUAGGAGCAGAGGGAGGAAAUAUGGACCAAGGGAAGAUCGGAGUCUGUCAGGGCAAACUCCAAAUCCUGUAACUUUAUGUCUGAUAUCAAAGGGUUUAGAUGGUUCCGCCCUUCCUGCUUUGCCAGCUGCAACACACUCCUCUCUCUGGGGUUGUUCCACUCUCUGCAUGCAGCUCUCCCUGGCAGACAUCCGUGACUCUGGCACCACCAACCUCUUGGGUCUCCGGCAGAGUCCAGGCUUCAUUUUCAUAGCUUCAUGCAGUGGCCUCUCCGAGCUCCCAUGCAGAAACUCCCCUGCCAUACACCUGGCCUCAGCCCUUUCCCAGAGAAGGAUUCCACAACCCAUGUACUUACCCCUGUAUCCCUCAUGACUCUAAAGCCUGGACCACACAACUGAUGCUGCCAAGUUCUGCUGCCUGCUUGGAAUGGAAUCUGGCCCCCUCUGUGAGUCACAUUUGCAUAAUCUUUGAUUUGUUGAUGCUUUUUGGAAGCAGAAAGCCCUUCAGGCCUCUUCGUUUUAUAAAUUGCAGGAUUAUCUGAGUGGGGCCUCACCCUGAGGGCACCACUUUCUUUAUUCCGUCCAUCCUUUCUCACAAAUCAUGGCUCCAACAUUGAAUUUCCUGGUGCUCUUUUUCUCCUCAAACUGUAUAUUUUGUAUUUCUUUUUUUCUUCCUUUUGUACUUUUUCAUUGUAGAACUGCAUAAGAGUGAUCAUUAAUAACCAUGGAAUAGACUCAAUAUUGGGCUGUCUUGAAAUCUUCUCUGUCAAUAAAAUUAGUCUGAAACUCUUCAAUUUAGCCUCCAGCAUGUUCUUAGGACAAAGGCAAAAAUCAGCUAAAAUAUCCCAAGAGUGAUCUCUAGCCCAGUUGCUGAUAUUGUUCCCCUCCAAAACCUCUCGAGCUGGGUCUCCAUAGUCCAUAGUGCUCUUAACACUGCUGCCUGCCAAGUCUCUGUGUAAGAGCAAAGUCACCCUGUAAGUUCCACCUGUCCAAGGACCAGGUAACUUCCUGGAAUGCUGGGAGCUGUAGUUUCCAGAAAAUAACAAGGCCACAUGGAAAAUGUGGCAGCCAUUUGGUUUUGUUCUUUAAAAUCCCUACAACAUGUGUCUUGUUGGGAUUCUUAUUGGGAUUCCAGAAAGUGGAUCUGACGAGAGUCCAUCCUAGUCAGUAUUUAAUUAAAGCUUGCUUCAAAUUGGCUCAAAAUUGUGGAACUGAAUUUUCUCUUGUAGGUCUCAGGAUUAACAUUGGGAAACCCCAGUGAUAUAAGAAAGACCUUUCCACCUCAAAUGCUCAUGCUCUUCCCUCUGGGGUUGGUGGGCUGCCUUGGUGGUUCACACUUUGGAAUAUUAAUCCAAAACUCUACACCCCUCUCCCCACACAGUGAAUGGCCAGGAGAUAGCAAGCAUUUUUGGUAAGUUGUAGAAGCCUUUUAGCUUUCUAUGACACUUUUCUGCCUGGUUUCUGGAUUCUGGGUCCAGGGUACUCUGAUCUGGGAAUGGGGAGGACCUUAUGAGGUCUAUGCACCCCCAUACUUGGCAAAGGGAGAUGUCCCACAGCCCACUGGUUAUUUCUGGGGAAGUUCAGCCAGAGUCAUCAAUUUUCUUUUUCUUCUGACCUGCUAUGAAAGUAUCCUAGUGACACCAGGGGACCAUAUGCUCAAGUGUAUCAGAGAGGCCUGGCCCGUGGGUGUUCAUCAGCAGGGUGCCAACACUUGGACUAUGCAACAAAGCCAGGACAUCCCAGGACAUGGGGACCAAACCUAGAGUUUGGAAAGGCCCAGAGCAGAGAUGUCAGAAAGACCAGGGGUUGUGCCAGGAGACAACUAAAACAACCUCUUACCUGGUAAAUUUCUCUUGGUCUGAAGCAGAGGACUCCAGUGGUUAGAUGUCAUUGUUUGAUGUCUUCUCUUGUCAUUUGGCUCUAUGUUUGCCUUUGUCACUUUGACUCUGUCUUGUCUUGUGGAUGUACCUGUCAUUAUAUGUUCUGACUGGGGGAUGACAGGUACAUAUAUUAUAUGUAUAUGUCAUAUGUUAUAUGUACCUGUCAUUAUAUGUUCUGACAUAUAAUGCUGGGCAACUUUGAAAAACCCAGGGUCCCUGUACAGAAGCCAGUGGUCAGCACUACUGUGUUAGUAGGGAAAUGGAUUCAGCAGCAGUGACCACCAAGGUGCCUCUCCCCCCAAAUUACAAUCUUGGAGGAGGUAAAGAAAAUUUAUCUAGUUGUUUUGAAUGUAUGAAUGUGGACACUGCAUGUUUGUUUCUGAUUGGUCUCCCUUGAAUGUGUGAACUUCCUGUGUUCCGUGCUUCUUUGUUACAUACAGCUCAGCUGUUACUAUUACAGCCAGUGAUGGCCCAGGACCCAGAAUUUAACUCUGAGCUGUCUGGCCAGUGGAUCUAAUGUAAUAAUGAUUCAAAUGUCAUUUGGGUAUGAAUAAUAUUAACUUUAUUGAAAAACUGGCUCUAAAAUUAGGUUAUGGCUCUCCCUGUUCCAGACCAAGACAUUCUUUUAAAGUCUAUGUCUGGGGUCAAGAUGCACAGCAGGGAGAAAAAGAAAGCAAAAUAGCUAAAGGGAUUAUUGAUUUGUAAGCCUAUUGGGUAUGGCUAAAAAUCUGAACACUUGUAACAAAAAAGUUAACAUAAAACUUGUAUAGGAUUGAUAGUUAAAAGUCUGCGCAUAGGUAAUCUUAAAGGCUCUGUGUGGCAUGACUGCAUUUUGGGAGAUAAGAACACACGGCCUGCCACCAUUCUUAGGCAGUCACGUGGCUGAAAGCUGUCUUUGCUAGGGUUGCAGAGGCAAGAUGUCCUAUGGCUUCACUGCCAUCUAGAUUGAGGACAAUCACAAGGUGUGGCCAACCAAGGAGCUAACAGGUCUCCCAAAAUACUUUUAAAUUUGAGUGGAUUUUUGUAUGAUAAUUCCCAUCCUGUCUUGAAAACACUGUUUAUGAAAGAUAGGACUUAAAACACAGUGUUUGUUGAAUGAAGUAUUAAAGCUGCAUCUUCAUGCAUUCAUAUACAAGAAUGAAUCUUGCUGGCAGUCAAACUUUGUAACAUAAAAGUCACCCAGUUGGUUUUAAGGACGUUGAGUUGUUUGCACUGCUGAAGUUUGCUUUUGCCUUGUGCACACUGUGGUUGUGUCCAGUUUCUUACUCUUGAAUAAAAAGGGUACUUUAUUGCAGGAGCACACAGUUGUGAGAUUUUAAACUUCUUUAAAAAGACAUUUCUACUUUUCCAGAAAAUGUAAAUUAAAAGCUAGAUAUUUUUAAGAAACAGCUUUAAAAAAUAUUUAAUUCUAUAAGGCUCUGGGACAUUUAUAAGAUAUUAUAAUGUCUUUAUUAAUAUGUGAUUUUGAUAAAUAGAUAAAUAAAAGGUUAAAAUUAGGGCCACAGCUAUGAGCACCAAACAUUAAAAACUAGAGACCAAGGUGUUUCUAUAUUUGAUGCAGCAAGUUUGAUGCAGUGACCUAAGCUGUCUGGCGAAAGGUCUCUCCUUACAUAAGGUCUGUUCAGGCUAACAGAGACUGAUUUAAGAAUGUAUGUCUAACUUCCUUGAUUUUGCUACUUUGUUAAACUGAAGCUAUUUUGGUAAACUCAGUCAUGCAAGAAACUGUUAUAUUCUAUAAUGUUAUCCUAUGUAAGGACCAGGAAAAUAAAGUUU